AUGAAAGUCCAGGUUCUGAGUAGGAAGUUGAUAAAACCGUGCAUUCCAACACCUGAAUUUCUUCGUCAUUACACAAUAUCUUUCAUUGAUGAGCUUGCUCCCUCCAUUAACGUGCUUGCAGUUCUCUACUAUUCACCUGGUUUAAUCAUUCAAAAAUUGGAAGAAUCAUUGGCAGAAAUCUUGCCUCAGUUUUACCCACUUGCAGGACGAUACAUGAAGGAUGAUCACUCGGUCGAUUGCAGUGACCAGGGCGCCGCCUUUCUUGAAGCUCAAGUGGAUUGCCAGCUCCUGGAUAUUAUCGGCGCCGGGGCAAAACCCGAGGAGCUAAAUGAUCUCCUUCCAUGCCAAAGCUUUGCAACUGAGGAUGCCACGGAACCACUUCUUGCAAUUCAAGUAAGCAAGUUUAAAUGUGACGGGAUAGCAAUUUCUGUGAGUAUUUCACACAGGAUUGCUGAUGCAUCUUCACUUGGCAUGUUUAUAUCUGCCUGGGCGAAUGCCUGCCGAGGUGACAAUGUUGAGGCAAUUUCUUCACGUUUCAACGGCCCCUUGUUUUUCCCUGGCAAAAAUUUUCCAGCUCCUGAUUUUGGAGAAACAGGGACCAGGGAUCUGGAUGUUCAUAUCCCAGUUGCCAAGAUUGUUGCCAGGAGGAAACAGCAACCUUCGAGAGUACAAGUUGUGUCUGCGCUUAUAACUAAGGCUCUUGCAGCUGUCGAUGCCCAGACAACAUAUGGACAUUCGAGAAAUUUACUUGUCGCGCAGCUUGUUAGUGUUCAGGAAAGAACUGUUCCACCAGUGCCAAAAUAUUGUUUUGGCAACUUAGUGGCAAUAGCAAUGACUGAAUCCACUGCUGCUGAAGUCAAAAACAUGGUUUUUCAGGAUUUUGUUCGUUUGCUGGGUGAUAACGUUGAUGGGCACAAGAUACUCGUGGAUACAAUUGUGGGUUUCAAUAAAAAGUCAGCCAAUAGUGACUUAAACGUCGUCUUGAUUACCGACUGGAGCAAGCUAGGAUUUUAUGAAGUUGAUUUCGGAUGGGGAAAACCCAUGUUGGCAAGUGUUGCAGAUGUGCCCAUCAAAAACCUCGUCACGCUCUUGAAUAGCAAAGGGAGCGGUGGAAUUGAAGCAUGGGUGCAUUUGGAUGAAAAAGACAUGUCUUACUUUGAGCAAGACGAGGAUCUAAAAAUGUUUACAACUUCGUUAGUUUGA